GGGAGAUCAAUCUGUUUGUCAACAACGGUGAACAACCAUGUCGGUGGUUUGGUAUCGAGAGAUUACUUAAACAAGAUCUUAGUAUAAGACCAAAAUUAUUAGACUCUAGAUUUAAGAUUAGAAUUCUAGAUCUAUCUUCGCCAUAGAUGAUUAUUACUUGCACAUCCUGAUAUAUGAUGAGUCUAAACGACAGCUUUGGGGGAGGUCCUGGAGUCUCUGCUUUUUUUAAUGGAAAGGAAAUAGAAGCUGAUGCUCAACUUGAACAAGAACAAAUUCAAAAUGAGUUCAACCAUGCCAUUGCAUCUGAACUUAAGGAUUUAUUUAAAGAUUUUUCUGAGACACUUUCUGAGGAUGAAAUUUUUGAUGAAAGUCACAACAGCAGUCAUGUUUCUCAGUAUGAACAAAAUCUUGAUAUCAGGAGAAAUGGACAAUUACUAAUGUCACCCCCUCAAAGUUUGCAGUGGAAGUCUUCAGUCAACCCUGAUGGCAUUAGCAAACAAAAAAAGUAUGUAAAUGAUGAAAGCUUUAAAUCUCAAGACAAUGGAGACAUAGAAACAAAUGCAAACCACAAACUUGAUUACAGAGGAGUAUUACAUACUCAUAAUGGUCACAAUCAAGAUAUAUCAGGAUCUUACUUAAGCUUACUUAAUUCAUGCUCUACUAUAGGUAAUACUGACAAGAAGUAUGAACAGUUUCAAAACUUUGUUAAUCCAAGAAGUGAGACAAAUGUAUCCAAUGAAAAGAACCAAGACUUCAGUGUUCUUGUGGCACAAACAGACUCCCAGAAAAUUGGUAAUGAUGAAUGGAUGCUACAGAUUAAAACACCUGUAUCAGUUUCUCACCAUUAUUAUCCUUCCAUUCAAAAAAACAUAGUCACUGGAAACAAUGACAGAUUUGCUGUAAAAGCAAACAAAAGACCAUCACCAACUGUUAGUCAAGCAGCGUAUUCUAAUAAAAAUCCUUCAGAAUCUGCUGUGCAUUUAUUUCUUAAAUCACAUUCUCCAUCUCCACCUCCUUUACCAUCCACUGCUCCUCCAUCUUCUUGUGCUGUUCAGCCCCUCAAUCAAGGGAUAAUGCACAUAAAUGAGCUUUCAGAUACUUCAGAUGAAUCAUACUCUCAAUAUAAAGUUUUUUAUGCAAAUAGACGAGAAGAUGCAGGGGAGGAGCAAUAUUAUAUACAGACUGAUCAAAUAGAUUUUUUUCAGAAAGAUUUGCCAGAACAACUGAGAACUUAUGAACAAAUAAAUAUCUUGUAUAAAGCAAGAGGGAGAGAGAUUGAAGAACUGACCAAAAAGCUAGAAGAAAAGGAAGAAGAUAUGGGCAAAGAAAUUCGAUCUUUAAAACACAAGCUAGCUCUGGCAACAGGAAAUGCUGAAGGAACAACUGAAAGCCUAAAGAAUUGCAAAUUUCUUCUACAACAAGCUGAAAGUGAAAAUGCUGCAGCUACUGGACAAAUCAAAGCUCUUGAAGCACAAAUAACAGCAUACAAAAAUUCAAAGGAUGAGCUUUUAAAAAAAUUGCAGACUGCUGAAUCAACAGUUGAAUCUCUUACCCAUAACAUUGAAGAUCUUCAGAAUUCUGACAGUAUAAGUAGAGCACGCAUUGAUCAUGAAAACAUGCUAUCUAGCCUGACACAACGCUAUGAAAGAGAGCUACUUAAUGUUAAAGAGAAGUUAGAUGAAACUAAAAGUGCUUUAGAAAAAAAGCAAGAAGAGAUAGUUUGUUUGAAAAAGCAAUUAGUGGACACUACACAAGAGUUAGAGAAAAAUCAAAUUUCUCGAGCAGAUACUAUUAACAAGUUAGCCAAAAGCUUAGAAGAUAGCCAGAAACAGUAUCAAUCUCUCUUAGAACAGACUUCAGCCCAAGAGAUGACAACAUUAAAAGUUCAACUUCAGCAAACACAAGCUGCGAAGAAGUUAUCUGAUGAUUUAUGCCACUCAUUUCAGAGUGAAAUUAAAGAUCUGAAAGAACAAUUGAACAUGUUUGAGUCUGCCACAAGUCUUGGUGUAUUCACUCAUAGUAACUUUCCUGUGUCUCAGGAUGACUCCAUGACAGACUUAGGGAUACGUAAAACACUAGAUUUCAGUACACCACCAUCCAUGGGCAGGACUGAAAUAACUAAAACAUCUGAUGCUUUGAUCACCUCACUUAAAACAGAGCUUGAGAAAUGUAUUAGCAACAAUAAGCAGAAAAGAGCAGAACUUGUGACAAUGAUUGAAGAGAACAAGUCCUUAAAGGAGAAUCUGUUUGAAACAAAGAGAAAACUUUCAGAUUUAGAGAAAACAGUAACUGAACAGAAACUUCUUCUAGAAAGGAACAUAAGUAGCAGAGAAGACUGCAGCAGCAGUGUUAUGGAGUCCAGACUCAAAAAAGAUAUAGAAAACUUGAAGAAAGAAAAGACAAUACUAUUAGAAGAAAUAGAAGACUAUAAAAAACGAAUUGAAGAAAUUGGUUCCAGUGAAGCUAGACUGACAGAGAUCAACCAAGAACUUAGUAUGCAGAUUUCACAGAUGGUGAGUGACUUUGAUGCAGACAAACGUUCUGCUCUAGAACGCUGCCAGAGAACUUUGGAAGAAGUUCAUAGAAUGAGUGUAGAUAAAUUGCGUUCUGAAAUUGAAGCAAGGCACCAUUCAGAGAAAUCAAUGCUUGUAGAGCAAUACACAGCGGAAAUCAAUAAGUUAAAGAAAGACCUAGAAACUGCUUUGUCUGAAUUAGACAAUGUGAAAGCCUUGUACAGCAAGUUAUGUGAAGAAUAUGAAAAUCAUGAAUUACAAGAAUCUGUCAAGUUUAAAGAACAGCUAGAGAAAGAGUUGAACAAGAUAUUAACAGCCCAAGAAGAAUGGAAAAAUUCUCUUGAGUCUCGUACUGUCCAAAACAGUGGUAGAAAAGAGCAUUUGCUAGACAUGGACAGAGAGAAAGAAAACUGGGUCAAGGAAAAAAAAGAGCUAGAGAAUGUACUAUCUAUGAAGGAAAGAGAAUUAACAGAAAUAAAGGAGAAGUUAUUAGCCUUUGAAAGCUCAAGAAUAAUAAAUGAACAAUUAUUGCAGAAAAACACACCUGACUUAAAUCUUACAGAGAAUACAGGCAACACUCAAGAUGAAAAAAUGCAGGUUCCAGUUCUCCCUUUGACCUUGACUGACCUGAGGGGAUCCAAAAGGUUGAUUACUACUCAAGACAGACAUGCUGCUCAUGAAGAUAAAACAGAUAUUGGUGUUGAAGAACUUGGUAGACUUAAAGUUUGGCUAAAAGAAAGGGAUGCCUUGAUUGAAGAACUUCAGUUGAAACUUGCAUUGAGUAAAUGUGAAGAUGACACUGGGGAUGAAAACAGAAACUGUUUGUAUACUAAUGAGAUUAGCUUUAAUAAAGUGUCAGACAGUUUGUCAACAGCCAACUCUAGUAGUGAUCAUUCUGAACAUGAUGACAAUAGACUGAACUUGGAGGAGAUGAAAGAAGUCAUCAAGACAUUGAAGGGGCAGCUGAUGACUAAAGAGUCUCAAAUGAUUUCAUUGAAAGCUAAACAUGAGCUUGUGGUGAAUGAAGUCAAACUUCAGCACAAGAAGGAGUUUGAGAAGGCAGCUCAAACAAGGGAAGACAAGUUUCAAAAUGAAUUGAAAUAUUUCCUGAAAGAAAGAGAGGACAGGAGUAAAGUAAAGUUAGAACAAGUCAUUAAAGAAUUUGAGAUGAAAUCAAAAGUGGAACUAGAAAAUGUUGUCAAGGAACUUGAAAUGAAGCAUAGCAGUCAGAUUCAGCACUUGACAUGUCAGUUUGAAGAUGAAUGUAAGGCUGAGGUAAAAAAAGCAGCUAAGGAAUGUGAGAUAAAAGUUAGAGAGGAAUUAGAAGUAGAACUUCAGAAUUAUCAAAGAUUGCUUAGGGAGAAAGAAGAACAACAGAAAAUAUUAAAAGAAGAAGUGGAGAAAUGUGUAAAAGAUGAACUAGAAAAGGAAUUUUCUAUUGUUAAGAAUAAGCUUGAAAGUGACAAUUUAGAUCUAAUCAACAAAUUGAAGCAGAGUGAAGAAAACAAAUAUAGUGAAUUAACUUUACUUUCUCAACAGUAUGAACAAGUGGUGAUCAAAUUGAAAGAAGAACAUGAAGAAUCUCUUCAGAAAGCCAAGUCAGAUUUCAUGAAAGAAAUAGAUCAACUAAAAAAAGAAAAUGAGAAUAGAUCUGAGGCAUCAAAUGUGAAAAAGAAUUUAAUAAACUUGCUUGAGAGAGAAAGAGAAAUAGAGAAUGCUGUUAAUGAAAGAGUUAAAAAAGAAAUUGAGAAAAUGAAAGAAAGAAUCACCAGUGAGGAAUUAGAGAAACAGGUAGAACAAAGACUUCAGCAACAGAGAACUAAAUGGCUUCAAGAAGCACGAGACUACAUUUAUAGUGAAAUUAAACAAGGUGUUGAAAAUAAGUUGGAGGAAGAAAGGCAGAAGUCAAGGGAGGAAGCAAGUAAUAAGGAAAAGAAGAAAGAUGAAGAAAUGGGCAGCCUUUUGACAGCAAAACUUGAAUUGGAAAGGUCUAAUUGGAACAAGGUUCUAGAAGAAAUCAAUAAAAAUAAAGAAGAGGAUAUUAAUCUACAAGUUAAACAAAGGCUUGAGGUAGAAUCAGAAAAAUGGAAGAAGCAGUUGAAUGAUUUAGAGAAGUCUAAGGAAGAAGAGGUAAAUAAGAAAGUAAAAGAGAAACUUGUAAUAGAGUUUGAACAUUUAAAAAAGAAAUUUGUAAGUGAAUUGAAUGCUAGAGUGUUGAAGGAAAAGUCCAGACUGGAGGAGGAGGUUCAACUGUGGAGGGAUGAAGUGAAGAGAAAAAUGGAGGAAGAAAGAGUUAAAUUUGUGGAUCAGAUGUCUACAGAACUAGAAGACAAGGUUUUAGAAGAAAGAAAAAAUGUGAAAGAGGAAAUGAAAAUGGUGAUGGAAAGGAAGAUAAAAGAAAUGAGAGAGGAACUAGAUAAAGAUAUGAGGCAGAGGUUACAGAAGGAAAGGAAAGAGUGGGAAGAAGAGUUGAACAGAGCAAGGGAAAACUCAACACAGCAUGGGGAACAGUUUUGCCAAGAAUGUGCCACUGCUGUCAAGUUUAUUGAGUCAGUUAAAGCCAGACACAUUGAAGAGAAACAAAAACUUAAGCAAUGUAUUUCUGAUCUGGAGCAGGUAAAAAAAGAGCAUACAAUUUUGGAAGAAAAAUGUAAUGAAAUGGACAGAAAAUACAAGGCAGACAUGAAGGAAGCUAAGAGACUACAUGACAAAGAACUAAUUAAAGUUCAAGAAAAAAAUCAAAUAAUUUCAACAUUAAAGGAACAAGUGAAGGAAGUAGAGGAAGAGUAUCAACAUAAUCUAAUGAAGUUAAAGGAAGAUUUUAGAGAAGAGAGAGCCAAAAUGCUGAGUGACUUGGAGACACAAGCCAAUUUAGCCAUUGACCAAACAGUACUAAAGAUGCCAGAUUUAGAAAUGAUUUCUUAUCAAGAGCUAAAAGAACAAUUGUUAGAUACAGCAGACAAAAUGAAAGCUAUCUUCAUGAGCCUUCUUCAAUCUAGAGGACAUUGCCAUACUUUCAAACUUUCUGAUGCCUUAGAAGACUUGAGAGAUCGAUGUAAAGCUUGUGUUAGAACUUCACUAACAGGGCUGGUGCAACUAUCUUGUAUUGUAGCCCUAGAGCAGUCAAUUGAUGAAAUCACUGAUAAUAUCAUGUCAUCAAGAUCACUUAGUAUUACCAGUUCAGCUUCAUUGAAUCAAAAGAAACAAAUGACAGAGACAGAAGUUAGUAAUGCCAGUCAUCAAAAGCAUUCACCAGUUAAAGUCAAAUCUGUUAUCAAAAGAGUGACUGAAAAAUUUAGCAUCUGUAAACAAAGUCCAAAGCUUCCUGUAGCCCAUGUUCAGUCCUCUGUGAAUACUAAUGAAGUUUUACCUGCACAUAAAUCACAAGUUCCACUUCAGAAUCUUCCACAUUUAGAUCAAGUUGAGUUAGAUGAUACUUUCUAUCACACACCCACUAGUUCUAAUCAUUCAUCACCUUCUGUUGUAACUAGGACAAGGUCUCAUACCCAGAACUCAGCAACAAAGCAGCAUAUUCAUCUUCCUGACACACCCAAAAUAUCACCCAAACAUCUGGCCAGGGUGCCAACUUCUACAGAAAGUGAUCAUGUAACUCUGGCAUCGCCGCGUGAAGCUAUGAAAGUAAUGGAAGCUAGGAUCAGAUUAGCUGACUGGGCUCGCAGUGGGCAAACACCCUGGAAGUGUUCACAAGAAAAACCUAAUGUACAAUCUUCAUAUAUAAGCUUCCAAGAAGCUCAGAAAUUACCUGAAAAAGAGUUUGCCCAAAACAAAGAAAUAGACUUGGAUGGAUUCAUUAAACCUGGAGUAGAUGCAGCCAAUUGGGUCAAAAUGCAGAGGGAAAAAACCUUGUCGAAAAUUGAUAAACCUAUUAGCCAAUCUGAUGUAAACAGUCAGAGGUAUAAUUAUGCAUUAGAUGAUUCAGAUGAUAUGUCAUCUGAUGGUCAAUCUAGUUUUCACACUUUAAACCGCUGCAACACAACAGAAGAUGAUGAAGACUGUUUCAGAUUUGGCAAAGAUCAGCUAAUGAUUAUUAAGAAUCCAUCUGAAAUAAGAUUGAGCAAAGCUAAUCCGGCUAGAGAUAACUUCUCAAAUCAACACAUCAACUUCUCAGAUCAACACAUUAACUUAUCCAAUGAAUCCAUUAGUUCCACAGAGACUGAACAUUUUCCAUUAUUUCAAGAAAAGAGGCCUUCUUCAACACCUUUGCUGAAAAUGAAAAAUUCACAAGUAGAAACGUUGAAAAGUAAAACUACAAAUAGAACUCCAGAUAUUUAUAAAGCUCAACAUUUUAGAACAGUUCAACCAAUAGCUCAUAAACAAAUCAAAAGUGAAAAUCCUUUGCGCAAAUCUGCUGAUCUCCCUUUGUCCCCAGGUUCCUAUUUUGAACCAUCCCCAAGUUUACAAAGAUAUAAAAGUCUUGAAGACCUGUUACCUAGAAGAAUUCAUGAGGUUGAAGGUUUUUCUCAUAUCUUAGGAGGUUAUGAUUCUGUGGUUCAAGAUAAACCUAACAAAAAAAGGGAAGAUGAAUUAUUUUAUGAGAAACAUGAUAAAAAGGUCAACUUUAAACCCUAUCCAGUACAGGCCAUGACUUCAUCUUUUUGGGAAAAGCAAAGUGUAGAGACUGUUCAUGAUUAUGACCAUCUAGACUCAAGAAAAAUGGCAAGUGGAUAUGUUAGACAUACGCCAUUAGAAGUUAGACCAUUUUCUUCACAAGACAAGUUUUAAUUUCCAUCUUUUUUCAUUUAUGUUCAUAUGUACUAGAAAUAUUUAUAACCAAUAUUUUUCACUGCUAUUUAUUCAUUUAUUGUAUUCAACAUGUUUCCACCUAUUUUAAACAGUAUUAUUUAUUUUCAACUUUCAGUCUGUGUAUAGGUUGUAUUGUCCUAAACACUCUAUAUGCUCUGUAUCCUCUUUACCUGAACAUUGUAAUGAACAUAUUCCUAUUGCUUUUUUUCUCAUCAACUUAAACUUGAGCAACAUUUAUUAGUAUUAACUCUGAGCUUUUUUUUUUUAAGUGAAUUCUAAUGUUAGCCCACUGAGAGAUAUUGAAAAAGUCUGAGUUGAUUUCAAUGACAUUUUAUUUGAUAGUAUAAGGCAAAAGUGAACAACUUUACAUGAACUUGGUUGGUUUCUUGCAUCCAAACACAAAGUAGUUCCUAAACAUUUUCUUAGCUUUAUAUGGAACCAGUAGGCUUCAAGUGCUUAAUGUUCUAGUAUUUACAUUCCAAAAGUUUUUCGCUCAUUUAUUGGCCUUAAUACAUUCUUCAUUAUAUAUAUAGACAUUUAUUGCAUUUAGUAGUUGUUUAGUGUUAAAUGAAAAAUGUUUUUUGUAUUUGGUUAAAAUAUUUUUUUUACAAUUCUUCUUUUAAGAUUGCAAACUUUUAAUGAAGUCAAAAAAUAAAUAAAAUAAACCCUAACCAUUGUUCUAGUAUUCAUUUUGUUAUUAAGAGUAAAUAAUCACUCUUACAAAAUAGUUAUCAGCUUCAUAAAAGAGGAAUUGUCUUUUCUUUUUUUUUUUUUUUUAAAGAUUUUUUUUUUAUAUUUUACUUAUUUAUAAAUUAGCUCUGUGUAAAAAAUAUUUUUUAAAGAGUUGCCACAAUUAAUUUUUUUUUGUGUGUAAAAUUAUGAAAUAUUUUGUACAAAUGCAUUAGUUUUUCUGUGUACAGUCUAAUGAUAUACUCAUGUUUCAGAACUCUUUGAAAUGAUCUUACAAUAAUAUUAUAAUUAACAUUUCUAUCAAUAAAUAUCAUUUCAAA